UCGCUAAACGUUGUCGAAGUAAAACCAAAACAAAAAGGAGCCGAAGCAGCUAAAGGGACGAAAAAUCCUUUUUGUUGAUUUUCAUUAAUUGUAAUUUAAUUUGGCAGCUUUAUCCUGUUAGUCAGACUUUUUAUCAGGGCAUUAUGUUUUGAUUAUUAAUUGCUUGAUAUUAAGUUUUUAUUUAUGUAAAUUUUAGGUAGGAAAUCCUCAAACCAUGCUUAAACAUGAAUAAAUCGUGGAAAACUUUCGAUCAGCUAGUAAACUCGCCAUGCUUCACCAAAUCGACCCGGAAGGAUCCACGUAGAAACGGUAGGGCGUCCCGAGCUCUUACUCAGUUGUUUCAAAAGUCCUCCAAUCGAAGCUUAUACGAAACGGUUCCGAAUCGUACCGAUGCCGAGCUAGAAAUCGAGGACGCUUCCGAUGAAGAAAACACUGCCCCGGCUGUCGCCAACUCAAGUCCGCAAGAGUACACCAUCGAACCAUGUUCCGCACCUACGCUGGAAGUCACCGAACCAUCCCGGCUCGACUCGGACAUCGAAGAAGUGCCCGAAGAAGAAGCCGCGGACGUGAUUUCAGAAACGACGGACUCCUCCGACUCGGACUGCGAGUCGAUUCGGUGCAAGCGCGCCAAGCGAGUUGCCACGUUGGACUAUCGGAUCGCCAAAAGCCCGGGCAGCUGCGGCCGACGGAUUACGGACGACACGCUGCUGGUGCCGUCCGCUGUGCCGCGAGCGGUCACGUUGGAGAAGUCCAAAGCAUGGAUGAAACCGGCGGUGACUAGGACGACGCCCGUGGCGAAGAAACGCUCCGGUUGGCUUAAGCUGGACGAAUCGUUCAAAACGAAUGGUUCGGCGGUGAGGUCGACGGAGAAGAAAAGUCCCCGGUGGAAGGCGUUGGAGGACACGUUUCAGGCGAGUCCGGAGGCGGAAAUUGAAAGUUUGGAAUCGACUCCGGAUAAUGUGCCGAUGGGUGGCGGUGCUGCUGUUCCGGAAACGGUCGGUUGUUACUACGAACCCGCUAGGGAGGGUUCGAUGAAGAAGCGCAAGGGUUGUCCAGUUUCCCGACUGCAGUCGAUUCUAUCUGAGAAGGCCUCGCGGCAAACAUUUUGGCUGCACGAGCGACAAACGGGACUGGCAGUGGGAAAGAGACCGGUUAAGGUGGAAUCUAUCUCGAGGAUAUUUGGUCGAGUGGCGAUAAGUUACAAGGAAUCGGAUCCGGACGAGCCGGCGCUACAAGUGGAGCACGUGAUCUACAUCGAUCCGGGCGAAAAGCAGCUAAAAACGAUGGGAAAAGGGUCGCUGGUUGAGGUCGAUCACGAUCUGGAGCCGCACAAACUCCGUCGCAAUCGGGUUGUCCACUUGGGGGUGUGUAAGAUAAGGGUGGUCGGUUAGUUUCGAAGGCUCGAAAUAAAAUAAAUAUUGUUGUUUUUACUUAAUCCA